UGUCAAUCAUACUCUCCGGGGAUCCCAACGAAAUAUUUUCUCAGACACAAAGAAUUCACAAGCUAAAUCCUUAUUUUACCCGUACAUCUCCAUAUCUCUCCUGAAUUCCUUGAAUCUCAAUAUUUUCUCAAAUUUCAUCCAAAAAUAGUAACUCUGGAAAAUAACUUUGUCCCUUUUGCGAAUAUGUGUAGAAUUUGAUUCUAUUUUUUUUUGCUUUGAGGACGGCAAAAUUUUGGAAAAGCGUCGUUUCAUUUCAUUUUGGAGCUGCUCGGAGUAAGUUUAUGGAAGAGUUUGGUUGAAGUUUUAUUGCUGUCAAAGCCGAUUAGAAGUGAAUUUUUCUGGUUCAAAUUUGAAGAACUUUCGAUGAAAUAAUUGGCUUUCAACCAUCAGCACGGGAGGGGCUUUGACGGGCAAGGUGUUUGUAUCUUUUCUAUCUUAACAACUUAGCAGCUUGCUCUCUCGCUUCUAUUGGUUUGGAGCAGCAUUUUCAUAGAGGUUUGGUAAGAUUGAUUUUGAAGGAUCUGUCAUGGACUAUGGGCUUUCUGAUAGCAGUGGAACAGAUGAUGACCUCCCUACUUCACAUCAGAAUAGAUUUCAAAGACGGGGUCAUACUGCUGCUGGAAAUGGAAGAUCAGCACUUAUAGGGUCUGCUCCUUUGCGUAGGAUGCAUGGUGACAUGGAAACACAAAUCCAUAUCAUCAAGCAGGAAGCAUACAGUUCAAUCCUGCGGGCCUUCAAAGCUCAAUCAGAUGCUUUAACUUGGGAGAAAGAAAGUUUAAUUACUGAACUCAGAAAGGAGCUGAGAGUAUCAGAUGAGGAACAUAGGGAGCUUCUAUUGAGGGUUAAUGCUGAUGACAUGAUCCGGAGGAUAAGGGAAUGGAGAAUGGCAAGUGGGCUCCAGCCUGGCAUGCUCAGUACAAGUCAGCCUAUUCUUGACCCUGUACCAAGUCCUACAGUAUCAGGAUCACGCAAGAAGUUAAAAACAUCAGCUUCAUUUUCCAUGGGCGCACCAUCUCCUGCAUUGCAUCCAUCAAUGCAAAAACCAUCUUCAUUGGCCUCUAGACGAGGUCCUCCACCAGGAGCAGACAGCAAGAAGUCAAAAUCUAUGACACAGAACCCUUCCAGAGGCCUUCCUGGAAGGUCCAAAGCUCAUAAUCGUACUUCUUCAGGGGCCUUUGCAAAAAAUGGACCUGCUGAAGCAGCACCGUAUGACUCAUUAAUUGGAAAGAAAGUUUGGACAAGGUGGCCUGAAGACAACCAUUUCUAUGAGGCUGUUAUUACAGACUAUAACCGGGUUGAGGGGAGGCAUGCUUUGGUUUAUGAUAUAAAUACGGCAGAUGAAGCCUGGGAAUGGGUCAACCUCAAAGAGAUAUCUCCUGAAGAUAUUAGAUGGGAAGGUGAUGAUCCUGGAAUACCCCGUAGAGGUGGCUGCCCUGGUCUAGGCCGUGGGAUUAAGAAGUCCUUGGCUUCUAGUGGGGUGGCUGGAGCAGGAAGAGGUAGGGGGAGUUCAAAGGGUCAGGCUAACCAAGAUUUUCCUUUGAUGCAAAAUGGUGUUGGAAACAAGGUUUUGGAGGAUAUUGAGAUACUUCAUACAGAUUCUCUAAUUAAGGAGGUAGAAAACGUUUUUGGUGCAAGCCAUCCAGAUUCCAUAGAAAUUGAGAAUGCAAAGAAAGUACUGAAAGAGCAUGAGCAAGCCCUAGUUGAUGCAAUUGCGAGGCUUGAAGGUGCAUGUGACGGUGCAAGUGCAGAUGGAGAGCAUCCAUUCUCACAAGGGCGGUCAAUGGACCAAGAAAGAGCAUGAAGAAAUCGACCGUACAAUAAUGAGAUGGGUGACGAUAGACUGAUCAAAGGGUCUGAUGGCGCAAUAAAAUGACGGGAGGUGCUCCGUAAGUUUGGUGUAGCGAAAUUUAACCAGCUUGUAUAUACAGUAGCAGUAGCUGUGGGGUUCUUAACUGGGCAAAUGCUUUUUGUAAUCAAUGUUUUAAGCCUUGAGGUCAACGGUCAUAUGUUUGGUUCCUAAUACUCUUUAGUUAGCAGGCUAUUGUAACUUUAAUCUAACUGUAAAUUAGGAAAAUAUUCUGUAUGAAGUUUUAAAAUAUUACUGUUAAAUCUCCCUGACUGUCAAAUUUUAAAUUCAUUAUGUUUGCAGCCAAGUUUAGUGGAACUCAAUGUUUUCACUUGCAUCACGCAGGAUGGAAACCAAAGGUCAAAGUUCCUGCAAAUUACACA